AUGACACCACCAACUAUUUUGCAAACCCAAGCUCCUGAGAUGGAAUCAUUUGUCUUUGAGCAUAAAGCUUUGCCUCAAAUUAGUUUAAAGUCCACAUCAUCAAAAGAUGGCGGUGUUUCUUUUGCUGAUUGGGAAAACUUCAAGUUUGCUCCAAUUAGAGAGUCAACAGUUUCUCGUGCAAUGACCAAAAGAUACUUUAAUGACUUGGACAAGUAUACCGAGUCAGAUAUAGUUAUUAUUGGUGCAGGCUCAGCAGGUUUAUCAGCUGCAUAUGUUUUGGGAAAAAAUAGACCUGACCUCAAAAUAGCAAUCAUUGAAGCAUCAGUAUCGCCAGGUGGCGGGUGCUGGCUUGGUGGACAAUUGUUUUCAGCAAUGGUUUUGCGUAAGCCUGCUGAUCAAUUCUUGACUAGUUUGGGAAUUGAGUUUGAGGAUGAAGGCGAUUAUGUUGUUGUAAAGCAUGCAGCUUUGUUCAUGUCGACCUUGUUAUCAAAAGUUCUCGAGUUCCCAAACAUCAAGUUGUUCAACGCUACUGCUGUUGAGGAUUUGAUCACUAGACGCGAUGAGACGAGCGGCGAAUUGAGAAUUGCUGGUGUUGUCACCAAUUGGACAUUGGUUGCAUUGAAUCAUGAUACUCAAUCCUGCAUGGAUCCCAACACCAUUAAUUGUAAUGUUGUAUUGUCAACUACUGGCCACGAUGGUCCAUUUGGUGCUUUUUCUGCUAAGCGUUUGGAAGAAAUUGGAAAGCCACCUCGUGGUGCUUCAUACGACAGCUCAAAGGGCAAGAAUGAAUCAUCUUCCACUUCGUCUUUUGAACUAGGCGGAAUGAGAGGCCUCGACAUGAAUAAAGCCGAAGAUGCCAUUGUCAAAGGUACCAGAGAAAUUGUGCCUGGUUUGGUCAUUGCUGGUAUGGAACUAGCAGAGGUUGAUGGUUCAAACAGAAUGGGUCCUACUUUUGGUGCCAUGGCUCUCUCAGGUGUCAAGGCAGCAGAGUCUGUGUUGAAUGCACUCGAAACUAGAAAGAAGCAAAACGAAAGCUGUUAUGGUGGUAUCCCUUUGCAAUAA